AUGAGCCGACAAUAUACGCCCUUUCAACGGCCUCUGCCUCGAUAUGCGACUCUACGCAAACUCUACGCCCCAAAUCUUCCUCCUUCGCCGACGACGAUACUGGAUUCCGGCGCACUCGUGCUAUACUUCCCUGCACCAAACACCGUAACUGGUGAAGAUGUCCUCGAAUUGCAUGUACACGGCGGUCCAGCCAUUGUUCGUGCAGUACUGGCAGCAAUACCAGAGUGUGCGACAGUACCAGGAGGUUCUGCGCCAAUGCGCACGCGAAUCCGGUACGCUGAGCCAGGAGAGUUUACACGCCGAGCUUUUGCGAACAAUCGCAUGGACUUGCCCCAGAUCGAAUCGCUCAGAGAGACAUUGUCAGCAUCAACUGAACAGCAGCGGAAGCUGUCUGUCAGGGGCACAACCUCGUCUUUAGCUGCGCGGUACGAGCACUGGCGCAUGCUUCUGCUGCAGGCGCGAGGCGAGCUGGAGGCCUUGAUCGAUUUCUCCGAAGACCAGCACUUUGACGAAUCGCCCGCCGUCCUGUGCGCCUCUGUCGCAGCACAGGUCGACGCCUUACGUGUGCUCAUGGAAGCGCACGUUGCGAAUGCCGUUCGCGGAGAAUUACUGCGCAACGGGAUCAGCGUCGCCCUGCUGGGGGCACCCAAUGCAGGCAAGAGCAGCCUGCUGAACCGUGUUGUUGGGCGAGAUGCCGCGAUUGUCUCACAGGAGGCGGGAACGACGCGGGACGUGGUCGAAGUUGGAUUAGAUUUGGGCGGGUGGCUUGUCAAGAUUGGCGACAUGGCUGGUCUGCGCAAAGCUGGUCUCGUGGGUGCGGAUGUCGUUGGUGUAGUCGAACAGGAAGGUAUUAGACGCGCAAAACAGCGAGCGCUUGAGUCGGACGUUGUGAUUGUCGUUCAAGAUGCCACCGCUGAUAUGGACCAAGAGGUGAUGGAGACAGCAAAGCAAUGCGUUGAUUUAGGCAUCGACGUGAUAGUCGCCAUCAACAAGACUGAUCGUCUUCCUGCAUUCUCUACUGCGCGCUCGGCAUGGGAGGAAAAGAUCCAGUCCACACUGGGCAUUUCCAGCGAUCGUAUAUGCUUCAUUUCUUGCAACGAAACCACACCCACCGCUGGCAACAUCAAGUCUUUCCUAGACAUCCUACAAAACACCUUCCAAUCCAUGACUGCCGCACUAGUCCCCGAUUCCGAUCCCGACCCAAGUAUCUGGCAAGAAUCCCUAGGCGCAACCGAACGCCAACGUCUCCUCCUCUCCGAAUCCCUCAGCCACCUCUCCACUUUCCUCACAACCGUCGCCAAUCCCACAACAGUUAAUCUUGCAGCCUGUGAAUCAGGCGCUGGCGAGGCAGACGAGGUCGACAUAGUGGUCGCAGCAGAGUGUCUCCGCUCAGCAGCCGACGCGCUGGCCCGCAUCACGGGCCGGGGCGACAGCGGCGACGUAGAAGAGGUAUUGGGGGUCGUUUUCGAAAAGUAA